AUGAAUUCAAAGCAACCGUCAGGGCAAGGACAAUUACCCACCUGCCCAAAGCCAUCAGCGUAUGCGCCGUCCGCGCCGUUCAAUGGCCAAAGUAACCGGUCAAUUCCGCCCCGUGCCUUCAUCAGACCCAAGCGGGCGAUGAUCAGUGUCGCAUGCCAGAAUUGCAGGCGACGAAAGGCCAAGUGCAAUGGCUCUAGACCAACCUGUAAACGCUGCCACAGUAGAGGCGAGUCGUGUACUUAUGAGCUUGAAAGGGGUAAGGCAUUGACUAGCGUGCUCAAGCAGAAGCGAGACGACUUGAUGAAUGAGAAUGAACAGUACAGGGAGCUAUUUCAGCUGUUAUGUACUAAGCCCAAGGAUGAGGCGUUGGAAUUAUUUCGUCGCAUCAGAGAGUCUGGCGAACCCUUCAUUGUCUUUGAAGCUGUGAGACAAGCUGAGGUGCUGUUCCCGAACCAUUCACCGUCCGAAACUUACGGCAGUUAUCAGCUGGAACGGCUGGAUCGCCUGGCUCUGGAUGGGAGCAUUAUCAAGGUUCCAGCUCGACCGUGGACGAUUGUUGCGGGCGACGGGCUUGUGUCUGAGCUCAUCACAAAUCUGUUUCAUUUCAAUGGUACCUACCUUCUACCUGUUCUCGAAAAAGACGUCUUUAUCGAGGAUAUGAAGUCUGGACAUGUAAUUGGUUCUAGAUAUUGCACACCGUUUCUAGUCAAUGCCAUCUGUGCGGUUGAAAGUAACUUUUCUGAGAGAGCAAAGCAAUUUGGAGUCAUUGCGAAACAAAACCUCUCAGAUCGCUUUUUCGAAGAGGCCAAGCGGCUAUAUGAACGGGAACAAGGUUGUGCGUCGAUCCCCAACAUCGUCGCCCUCGUCCUUAUGUACCUCACGAUGGCCAUCAAAGGUAGAGACAAGAUAUCCCGAAUAUAUCUUUACACGGCGUAUGCUCUGCUCAACAGGCUGUCGUUGGAGGAGAAGUUUCAGGCCCUUGAGAGCAGACCUGGUAGCCAAAAGGAGAAGUGUAUCAUUAGCCGUGUGCUUUGGGGUUUGUACAUUAUGGAAAGUCGAAUUGCCUUUUACUAUUCCCAUCCGUCCAUUUUACCCGCGCCAAAGGUGCCUAAACCGCCCGACGAAUUUGGUACUGCCAACAUGGAUGUUUUGGGCCGUUUGUAUGAUGAAGCCACCAGUGCUGUCCCCUUGGUUCCGGGCAUCAAUACCAUAAAUUGUAAUUUAACUGAGCUCUGGAAUGACCUAAUGCAGUACAUCUGCCAAGGCGCCAUCACAGGAAGUGAUACCGACUUGCGUAGCCGCAAGAGCUUCUACUGUAUGAUAAAUCCCAAAACACGCACUCGUAUUUCCUUAAGCCCUAACCCAAAGCUGGCAAGAAUGCACGAAACGGAAAUCAUCUUCACUAUUCUUCGCGACGUGCCCCUCGACACACCGUUUCACAACCUCUACGAUCUCCCUGGGACAACUGUCAGAGACAUAUUACGCAAACGCUGCAUCGCCGACGUGGAGCUAAUAGGGGUUUACAUGAACAAAUGGCAAUUCCUGGGUGGUCUUGCAUAUCGCCACAUACACCUUUGCAUGUAUGCCCUCAUCCCGUUCCUGGAUGAUUCGGCCACUCAUCCGGCCUUCUCAACAGCCUGUAUGAUUGCCCAGCAGGGCAUUAGCCGCAUGAAGGUCUUGGGGUACCUGCUGCAGGGCAUACAAGCGUUUGCAUGGGCCAUGGGGAAGACCAUUCCCGAGUCUGCGCGGCGGUACCUCCACGGCUGGGGUGUGGAAGCCAUAGAGCCAGACUUGCCCGUGUCGUUUGUGCUUCCGCAGCCAGACAAUGUCAAGGAAGCUCUUGCGAGGAAUUCGGGGUCGCUUUUGGAGGAAGUGGAGAGCCAGCUUGGCUCAUUGAUUGAGCUGUGGGCGAGGCUGGGGCAAUAG